CGCUGAUCGGGAGUCAGUGUGUUCAGAGAUUCAUUCCGAAUCGCACACAUGAACUCUGCUCGGUUCGGUCCGGUGUCAAGACAGAAAUCAUGGCGGAGGAAACGAUCCUGAAGGUUUUGUGCGGGAAUCACGGGUCGAUGGAGUACGAGCGUCUUUUGGAAAUUUCAUACGGACUGAAAGAAAUAUCAGCGGAGAAUUCACUCGAUAAAGUCAUCCACCGCAGCGACAUCUUGACCGUCAUCCAGCGAAGCGAAAGCAAAGAGGUUUUCGCCCAAAGUAGCGUCCAGCUGUGUAGAAAGAGCGCGUGUGACGAGCUGUGCGGAGACCUGCACCUGUGUAAAUAUCAACUGAUGACGGGACGCUGCGGCAGGCACAGCUGCAGUUACGGACACCGGCUGAUGUCUGAACACAACGUGAGGAUCCUGAGAGCUCAUGGGAUGAUCCGUCUGAGUCGAGAAGAGCUGUGUGUGAUACUUCUGCAGUCCGACAGCGGCCUCCUGCCUCCCCUGUGCACCGCGUACAACCGAAGGCGAGGGCGGCGUGGAAACUGUCCGGACGGAGAGAAGUGCUCGAGGCUGCACGUGUGCGAGAGCUUCGUCAGAGGACGCUGCGGCGACACGGACUGCGUCCGCUCGCACGAUUUCCACGAGCCUCACGUGAGAAAAGUGCUGCGCUCCAGAGGAGUGUCUCAGCAGCUCAUGAGCUCGCUGCCCUUCAUCUACCGCAACAUCCUCGCCCUCAAGACGCUCAAGACUCAACCGGACCGGAGGAACACGGACACCCAGCCUCACGGAAGCUCUGACGGAGAGACUGAGAUCUGCCUGUCGUUUGUCAGAGGAUUCUGCGGAGCAGAUAAAUGCAGUAAAACACACUGUAAGAUGCCCUAUAAGUGGGAGGUGAAGGUGGGCCGCACGUGGCAUGAUUUACCCAACAGUGAACAGAUCGAGCGAGAUUACUGCGAGCCGUCCAACAUACACAGUUCUGGAAACGAGCCGGUGUGCUUUGAGGAAAUGACUCUGGGUCUGGACGAGGUCCGGCGUCUCUCCACGCAGUCCUCCGUUCUCCUGCCCGGCUUCGCCCUCACCACCGGCUGGAGCUGGUUCUGGAAGGACGAGUACAAGCGCUGGAUCCAGUACGGCUCCAUAGCGGAGAUGCACCGCAUGUCUUCGGUCAGCAGCGAGCAGCUGGAGCGCGGGUAUCAGGAGUAUCUGCGGCAGGAGCAGGAGGACGCCGGGAUCAAGUUCAGCGCCGGAAACCGCUUCUACGAGCUCCGCUUCACAGACAUGAAGCAAAGAAACGAGGCGAGCGGCACAGAGAGAGCCGUCAGGCGCCGGCCCGUGUUUGUCUCGCCGGUCGACGUCCAGAUCGCCAGAGCGAGAUGUUGCGGAGCCAUUAAAACUUGUUUUUCUAAAGGCGUUCCUGGAUUUUGGGAUCAAAAUGCCAUUCCCGACUUUGGAUUUCAGAGAGUGCGUCUCUGGCCGUCUCACAGGGAUUACGUGAGAGUCCACGAGCGCUUCAGCCAGACUCUGAGGGGGUUUACCGUCCGUCGGAUCGAGCGCGUGCAGAACAGGGAACUCUGGGAAGACUUCAUGAUAAAAAAGGAGCGAAUGAAAAUGACGAACAAGCAGGAGAAAUUUGGCGAUCGGCUUUUAUUCCACGCCACCGAAUCCUCUCUCGUCGACGCUGCAUGUCUGAGAAACUUUGACUUUGAGACGUCGGAUUCAGCAGCGUAUGGACGGGGGAUCUACUUCUCGAAGGACGCCAGGUACUGGAUUGCGCGGGCGGACGGGUGUGACGUGAGGCUGAUGUUCGCGUGCAGGGUGUUGGUCGGGUACUACACCAGAGGAGAGGCUCGUCUCCGCCGCCCUCCGCUCAGAGACGCUGAAGGAAGUCUGUACGACAGCUGUGUCGAUAAUCCACGUGACCCGUCUGUUUUCGUGGUGUUCGACAGGUGUCAGAUCUACCCAGAGUUCCUCAUCACCUUCGAGGACAGUAACAAGUGUUUUCUGUCUGGUAUCGCUCGGGCAGACGCAAAAGAAUCUAAUCAAACCGACUUCAGCAGCUGCACAAGCUCCGUCGGUUCACUCCAGCGUCCGGAACACACUUCAUCCUCCUGCAGACCAACAGAACCUCUCAUUACGCUCUCAAGCUCAGCAUUACACUAUACUGAUGGAGUUCAAAAUGUACUUUCUUUAUGA